CCCUGAGGAGGAGAAGGUGGCCAGGUGAGUGCUUGUCCCAGUGUGGCCCAGGCAGGGCUUUUAUAGCAGCCCCAGCAUUGCUCAGCUCCAUCCAGGCCAAUCUGCACAGUGGACACUCCCUGCUGCUACUGCUGCUGACACCAGGGUAUUGCAGCCCCUGCCCCUCCCUGAGUCAACAUCCCCCAGGUGUCACUCCAGCACAUCCUGCUGCCCGAUCCAUCUUGUCCUUCCUGCCACAUCAGAUGAUUGUUAGCCAGGAUGGCACCCAAGAAUAGGCUCCAGUAACAUCUGGCAGGAGCUGCAGCAUGAGAGGCAGUAGUGCUAGGACUCUGCAGCAUGGAGGUGACCUGUUCACCACAGAAGAGCCUAUGGGAAUCAGAUCCUCUGUACCUGCAUUAAGUGCCCACAAAACUCUUUUAAAUUGGCGACAAAGAUCCCUUAUGUACUUCCUGAUCUACACAUGGAAAAAGGGGCAGAGACGUUCACCAAGCCUAGGCUGAUUCCAGCUCUGCCACACCCAUUUGGACUAUUAAAGGCAUUCCUGGAAACCAUUCCAGGGAGCCAUCCUGGCUAUCAAGUAUCUGAGAUGGUUGGAAGCACAAGAUGGCUUGGGCAGCGGGAGGUGCAGAAGUGACACCAGGGGUAUGAUGACUCAGGGAGGGGCCGUGGCUGCACAGCCCUGGUGUCAGCAGCAGCAGCAGCAGGGAGUGUCCACUGUCCAGAUUGGCCUGGCUGGAGCUGAGCAAUGCUUGGGCUGCUAUAAAAGCUCUGCCUGGGCCACACUGGGUCAAGCACUCACCUGGCCACCUUCUCCUCCUCAGGGACAAGGAGCACCCUCGCAUCUCUCACCAAGAUGUCCUGCUACGAGCUGUGCACCCCCAAAACCAGCGUGGCUGUGCCCCAGCCCAUCGCUGAGAGCUGCAACGAGCUGUGUGCCCGCCAGUGCCCCGACUCCUCGGCCUUGAUCCAGCCGCCCCCCGUGGUGGUCACCUUCCCCGGCCCCAUCCUCACCUCCUUCCCCCAGCAAGCCGUGGUGGGCUCCUCCGGAGCACCGGCCUUUGGCGGCUCCCUGGGGCUGGGCGGCCUCUGCGGCGCCGGCGCCACCCAGACCUCGGCUGGCCUCUGCACCUUUGGCAGAGCCUGCGCUGCUCCCGCCUACAGCCCUUGCGCCCUGCCCCGCUACAGCAAGAAGCUCUGGGACACCUGCGGGCCCUGCUAGAGCCACCACAGCCCAGCCCAAACGCGUGCGGCCGCCUCAGCCCAGCAUGGAGAAGUUGAGCUCUGCACAAGCUGCCCUGGCCUCCUGCAGCCCGUGACACUUGGCCUGUCUGGGGCUUGUCCACCAUUCCUCUCCUGGCCUCUCCUGCCCUUCCUGGUACAAUAAAGUUUUCCUGCAUCC